AGUAGGAAGAGGCAUUUUCGUCGAGUGAGUACACAGGCUAGGAUAAUGCUAAUCUCCAUCCCCUCGGCCUCAGCCAUGGCGCCGCCGGCCUCCGUCCUGCCCGCGUGCGCCGCCGUCCCCACCACCCUCCCCGGCCGCGCCAGCACCGCCUCCCUCUCCUCCAGGACCGCGCGCCGCGCCUCCGUCCAGGCGGCCUCCCUCUCCUCCAGGACCGGCUCUCGCGGACGCGCGCCAGGCGUUCGACGGAACGCCGCUGCAGCCGAGCCCUACGUCCCCGGCUCCGGCAAGUACAUCGCGCCGGACUACCUCGUGAAGAAGGUGACGGCCAAGGAGUUGGAGGAGCUCGUCAGGGGGGAGAGGAAGGUCCCCCUCAUCGUGGAUUUCUACGCGACGUGGUGCGGACCCUGCGUCCUCAUGGCUCAGGAUAUCGAGAUGCUUGCAGUUGAAUAUGAAAACAAUGCCCUAUUUGUGAAGGUGGAUACAGAUGAUGAAUAUGAAUUUGCAAGAGAUAUGCAGGUAAGAGGACUUCCGACAUUGUAUUUCUUCAGUCCAGAUCAAAGCAAAGACGCUAUAAGGACGGAGGGAUUGAUUCCUAUUGAAAUGAUCAGAAACAUCAUUGAUAACGAGCUGUGAUGGCCUAGCUGCAGGAACAUAGUUGAUAUUUUGAAGUAUUUUAGCUACAGUAGAUGUCAUUGAUUUGAGCUUUGUGAUCCUUAGUGGUAGGGUUGAUAUAUGAACACAGUCUGCGUGUGUAAUGUAGUAUGCUAUAUGCGGGCUUCCUACUUGAGACUAACAGGUAAUUUAGUUAUUCCUAGUUCAAAAUUUUAUUUUUAGACAAUGGAAUGAAAAUAUCCGACCUUUGCUUCAAAGUUAUUGCAAAUAAUUAUUAUAAAG